GUAAUAUGAUUUCUACAUUGUUGGAUCUCAGCCAAUUAGAGAGCUAGGAAUUAUUCAAUCAUAAUAAUGGGUUAAAUGCUUCCGAUAUGUUUGAUACCAGUUCUUUACACACUGAUAUCGACUUUAGAUUACUCUGUUCAUCUGACCACGAUAUUGGACUGAGGCUGUUCUUUACACACUGAUAUCAACUUUAGAUCACUCCGUUCAUCUGAUCACGAUGUUGGACUUUGGCCGUUCUUUACACACUGAUAUUGACUCCAGAUCACUCUGUUCAUCUGACCACGAUAUUGGACUGAGACUGUUCUUUACAAACUGAUAUCGACUUUAGAUCACUCCGUUCAUCUGAUCACGAUGUUGGACUGAGGCCGUUCUUUACACACUGAUAUUGACUCCAGAUCACUCUGUUAAUCUGAUCACGAUGUUGGACUGAGGCUGUUCUUUACACACUGAUAUUGACUCCAGAUCACUCUGUUAAUCUGAUCACGAUAUUGGACUGAGGCCGUUCUUUACACACUGAUAUUGACUUUAGAUCACUCUGUUCAUCUGAUCAAGAUGUUGGACUGAGGCCGUUCUUUAUACACUGAUAUUGACUCCAGAUCACUCCGUUCAUCUGAUCAUGAUAUUGGACUGAGGCCGUUCUUUAUACACUGAUAUUGACUCCAGAUUACUCUAUUCAUCUGAUCACGAUAUUGGACUGACGGUGUGACCGGUCGACAGAGGACGCUUACUCCUCCUAGAAAGAAAAUGCGGGCUGCCAUUUUAGGAUCGGGGAUGCUGGUAGGAGCAUGCUUGGCUGGAGCAGGUUACGCAUUGCUCGGUUUACUUUUCACAGUAGCUGUAGCCGUCGGAACUCUUUUGCAGUAUCUAUACGUUCCUAUGCCUGCCAUAGCUGAGGAAAAGUUUAAAAGACAGAGAUUUUUAGCGGGUUUGAAAAUCAUCUAUGCUUGGAUAGGAUUCCUGCAGUGGAUGGGAAGGGGACACGAGAUGAAGAUUGGAAGGGAGAUUUUCUUUCUGGAGGCAACGGACACAGAAACAAACAAAGAAGUUGUUACAGAGGACACAAAGUUUCAGGGUGUGACGGUUCGCGUUUACCGACCAGUUGACCUAUCAGACACCGAGAGAUUGCCAGGAGUUGUCUAUUUUCAUGGAGGAGGAUGGUGUUAUGAUGCGUUUGGAAAGUAUGAUAUAAUGAUCAAACGGAUGCUGAAAUUCAAGAGAAUGAUCGUUAUUUAUGUGAGGUACCGACUAGCUCCCGAAUUCCCAUUUCCGACUGGAAUCGACGACUGUUUUGCAGCUACACGAUACGUUCAGAGGAACACCGAAAGUCUUAAUUUAGAUUCCGAAAAACUUAUUCUAAUGGGAGAUAGUGCUGGUGGAUGUAUGACAAUGAAUAUGCUGAUCAGAAUGAUUACUGAAGCCGAACACGGUCUCCCGAAAUUCAAAAUACAGGUUGCAAUUUACCCUUUUGUGCAAGCCUUGAAUUUUGCGACACCCUCGUAUCAGCUUUUCGUCGAUGACAAUGCACCCACUUUGCAAUAUUCUUCAAUGACCAUGAAAUUUCUCAUCACAUAUGCUCUCGGUAACGUAAAGCUCAAUGAAUCUGAAAUACGAAAACUCCUAGAAAAUGCUCAUUGGACAGAUGAAAUAAGAAACUCGAAGUUACCAAACCUUGUCAGCAGUGAUGUACUACCACCAAAUAUAGAGAGACCAAAAGUAUGGAAACAGUUAUCCAAAAACACCGAUUCUGCUUUGGCACAAAAAUUCAAUGGCAUAUUUCUUGAUGUGAGGUACUCUCCACUCUUCGCUGAUGACAGUAUUCUUCAAAAAAUGCCGAAAACGUACAUCUUGUCGGCUGGUCUAGAUUCAAUUCGUGACGACGCAUUUUUCCUUGAAGACAGACUGCGGAAACUGAAUGUUGACGUCACGCACCGUCACUGGGCCUCAAUGGACCAUCCAUUUUUGUGCUUUGAUUUUUACGACAACUCGUUGAAAGCGCUGGAGGAAAUAGUCGAUUAUCUAGACAAAAGCUUGUAGUUCUGAAAAACAACUUCAUCCUCAUAAUUGAUUUAUCAAAUAUUAAGUGACAGUGACGUAAUCAAAGACGUUCAUGCAAUGUUACAAUGAUUUCAGUGUUUCGUCUUUACCAUUUCAAGCAGAUUACUUAGAGUAUCCAUUAAAUAAACUUGCCACUCAUAUCUGUAUAUAUGAAUAAUUAUAAUCUUUAUAGGAGGCAUUCCAUUUGAGACUAUUCCUGCUAAUGUGGAAAGAAUUCAUUAAGGUUAUGUGUGUUGUCUAACCCAGUUUAUAUAAUAAGGUUUAUUUUCAAAUAAAGCAAUUUAUGUUAAAA